CUAACAUUUAUUCGACAUAAUUUUACAAUUACGUCACAAAAUAAAUGUUAAGGCUGAUGGGGAAUUACCGUUUUGCUAUUGGCAGUUUUGAAAUUUAAUUUUCAGUUUCUUAAAUGUCAAGUUGAUGUGUAGUUGUGUAAGUGUGGCAAAUAUUUUUUGAUGUAACAAAUAAAAACUGAGGAAUUAGUCCGAGAUUGCAAUUUAAAAUGAGUCGGAAGCACCACCACCAUAACAUCCAGCCCUAUGAUUACGAUCGCUUCAGUCAACAUCCGCGAGAUCGAGACCGGGAGCAAUCAAGAGGAAUCGAAUAUCAAGAUGACUCCUUGAGUUCUAUAAACUCCGACGAAGAAUCGUAUUUACACCAUACGCACAGGGACAAGAAAUCAAAUUUUUACAAUUCGAAAUGCGACUCGGGAAACAAGUCGAGCAAAAAUGAGAAAAACAGCGAGGCCUAUCACCAAAAGGAGUCCAAAACGCAACCCCGCGUCAGUAGUAAUAAUUCCGACGCCACGGCGGAACGACUUGAGCGUCUUGAGACCAUGUUGGAGGAGUUUAUGAAACGUACCAGCACUACCAGUGCACCAGAGGCUCUACCCAGUGUCCCUGAGAAAGGACCCAGUGAAAGACGCGACAGGCGGUUUUAUGUGGAACCACCAGGUGUCCCUGAAAAAGGAUCUGGUGAAAGACGCGACAGGCCGUUUUACGUGGAACCACCAAGUGUUUCUGAAAAAGGACCCAGUGAAAGACUUGACAAGCAGUUUUAUUUGGAACCACGCCGUCACAGUUUUACAACCUCCAUGUGGAUUAACAAGAUACAGGAGAUGUCAUUUCAGAAUAACUGGGAUGAGAAGACUACAAUCCAAUAUAUGGCGUCUCAAAUGUCGGGGAUUAUAAAGGCGUGGUAUAACAGUUUACCCAAUUACGACUACACAUGGCCUGAAUGGAAAAUUUUAAUUUGCAAAGUGUUUCCCGACAAUACCGAUUUUGUGACCACUUUGAAGAGAUUAGUAACAAGACUGAAGCAAGCCGAUGAAAGCAUGACGACCUACUACUUUAGCAAGAUGUAUCUCAUUGAAGCCUGCAAAAUCACAGGAGAGGACGCAGUUUCCUGUUUGAUCGACGGAUUGAACAACCAGGCGAUACAAGAACAAGCAAAAGCGCUAAAUUUUCUUACUCCAGAAACGCUGUAUUCCCAAUUUUUGAUGGCUUUACCUGAGUACUCCAUCGACUACGCACCCUCUGGAAUUCCUUCGGACGCCGUUUUGACCAAUUGGUACUAUCAAGAGGAGACCCCAAGUGUGCAGGAUGCCAAUGAAGAAGGAAAUAAUACUCAGGAACAAAUGUUUGAGUAUGAGAACGAUGAAAGGACUGAAGAAUUCAACUAUCGCGAUGUAGGAAAUGCAAGUUUUGAUGAGACUCGAUCCGUAAAGUCACCCUCAAAGCACCCUGUUCCUGUUCACUCAAGACUUGAUAAAAGGUUCAUCAGGCGGAAUGAAUUCAAACACCAGGGUAAAGUUCCAUUGGCUGCUAAGGUGUGUUCUAUUUGUAUGAAUCGAGGACACAUUGCGAGGAAUUGUAGAAGAAAGGUGGAUAAAGUAUUAUAUUCUCAUUUGUCCCAUGAGGGUUUCAAUGGAUGUUUUUUUAAAAAUUGUCUGGUUAAUGGUCAAGAAUUGGAUUCUUUUAUCGAUACCGGAUGCACUACUGUGACUGUAACAGAAGAAAAGGCACGGAGCUUAAAACUACUCGUGAAUUCUAGUGAAGAUUGGAUUCAAACGUUCGGUGGAGGAUCAGUUCGGAUUUUGGGGGAAACAGAAGUGGUACUGAAGGUGGAUUCUGUUCAGGCUCGUGUAAAGGCGAUUGUUGUACCAAACGACGCACAAGAGGUUUCUGUCAUCGUUGGACAAAGUUUCCUUAACCAGAAGAAUGUAUGCGUGUUAUUACAAAAUAACACGCUAAAAAUUUAUGAGCCAUUCUGUAAACUAACAGAUUAACUUUUAAUUUGGUGUAUGAUUCCAACCAAUGGGGCGCGUACUUCAGGUGUGACCCAGUUUGAGUUACCGUUUUUUUUAGAAUUAGAAAUUUCUGUUUGAUACUUAAAUUAAGAUUUAAACUUCUUUGUAAUAAUUGAAAAUAAAGUAUUCAUACUUC